AAUCCAUUAAAAAUAAUAAGAAUCUGAGGAUCUGCCAAGGGAGAGAGGGCUGAGCUGGAGGGACUCGGCUUGGCAAGGGUUAAAGGGAAGUGAGCUGCCUUCCUAGAGAGGACAGGAAGCAAGGGGGGGGCCAGGUCCUCCAGAGCCAAUCCCCCUCCCUCCCCAGUCCUUUCCUGCUUUGGGGUCUCUCCUGCAAGGGCCGAAUCGCUGUCCCUCCUGGGAUCUGGUGAGUCCAUAGCUGUCAACUUUCAGAUUUGAAAAUAAGGGAUCAGCAGCCUUGAAAAUAAGGGAUCAGCAGCCUCACCUAUCUACCAAUCCGGGAUAGCAGCAGGAGGCAGCGGGAAACGGCGCUGCAAUAAGGGAAUUUCCCGCAAAAAAAGGGAAGGUUGACAGCUAAGGGUGAGUCUCCUCUCUCUCCCCCCAGAGGGUGCAGUGGGGAGACGGGGGGGGGUCUCAGGGCUGCAGCAGGGGAGGGUGCCUGGGGGGCCGGAUCUGCUCAUGUGGGGGGGGGACCCCAAGUCAGGGAGGAGAGGGUCCUGCCAGGGAGGGGCCAGGUCUGCCACGCUCUCCUUCCUGCAGAUCAGAGGAUCCCUGACUCCCACGAAAUCUCCCUUCUUUAAACAAAGGAGUCCCUGGGACUUUAACUCUGUGUGACAUCGCUCAGCGUCAUUGCACAACAGAGGAAACAUCUGCAAAUGGUUUUCCAAAGCUGGAGGAGGAGGUGGACACUAGCCCCCCCUCCCAAAAAAAAACAACGGGGAGGAAGGAAGGAAAGUAGGAAAGAGAGGCCAGGAAUAAAGAGAGGGAUCCCAGCCCAUAGUCUGGCUGCUGCAUUGCAAACCAGUUUGUGUUAAGCUAUCCAAUAGAACAACAAAAAAUCAAAAAAUCAAGGGAGAUGUCUUUGGCCCCGCCCACUUGGCCCUCAGGGGUUGGCCAGAUACAUUCCUGGCCCUCAGGGCAAAGAAAAGGAGACCUCACCCCACGAAUCUGUCUGGACAGCGGUAGAGAUUGCAGAAAAGGAGACAGAAGCAGGGAGUGGAGGUGGGGUGGGGGUGGGGGUGGGGGGAGCAACUCCCGAGGACCCCCAGGUCAGGACCCCCACUAGAGAAAAGCAUCCAUUUAUCACAAGAUACAAAUGACUCCCUUGUCAUUCGGUUCUGACUUCAUGCAUUGACUGGAAGGCAGCAGAAACCAGGAUGAUUAAUCUGACAGAAAUCCCUUCCGUUGCCUCCACAUUCUGCAUUGCUUGAAGGCUAGAGACUUAUUUCUUCUCCUCUUCCUCCUCCUCUUUCUUUUCAAAAGAUAUCUCAUGGUCUGGGAUGCGGCGCACUUCAGCCCUGGUUCCCAGCAAGACUCAUCCAUGCUUGCUCAGGGAACCAUUUCCCCCCCUGUCCUACAAAUUCUGUAACAGAACAAUGUAUUUGCUUUGUAGGAUUUGCUAGAGCUUCUCAUUUAGACGGACAGAACUUGGCAGAAGACCAAAGGGUUCCUUCUGAUCUCUCAGAGGCUUCCUGAGAGCACAGAUGGAUGAGCAAGACUCAGCUGGCCCUGGAACAGGAAGAGGUCAUGCCAACCAAACUGGGAGCAGUGGGGGAUUCUGGGAAAACUCUGUGCAGAAGAUCCAUGGUGAGGUGGACACCCUCCGCUCAGAGGUGCAGAGCCAGCAGGUGAGGCAGUUCUGCUGCCAGGAGGCCAAAGGACCGCGGGAGGUUUGCAGCCGACUCCACCACCUUGACCAUCAGUGGCUGAAGCCAGAAAGGCACACGAAAGCUGAGAUGCUGGACCUGGUGAUCUUGGAGCAGUUCCUGGCUGUCCUUCCACCAGAGAUGGAAAACUGGGUGAGGGACUGUGGAGCGGAGACCAGUUCGCAGGCGGUGGCCCUGGCCGAAGGUUUCCUCCUGAGUCAGGCAGAGGAGAGAAAGCAGGCAGAGAGAAAGCAGGUGAGAGAGACUUUCCUCUGGAUACUCCCAAGGGGCUCCAAACAGGACAGAGAACAUCCCAUAAUGGUCUGCUGAUGGCCCAUUUUCUGGGAAAGCAUCCAUGGAAUGAGAUCUCGCACCCUUGAAGUCUUUGCCAUUCUCUUUCUAGUAUUUCUCCCCAUUCUCUGUUUUGAAUCCUUGUUUCUUUCUCAGGGAAAGGAUCUCUUUGCAGAAAUGGACCUGGAUUCCUGUGAGGCAGAGAGGCCUCCGUUGGACACCAGAGAGAGGCCACUGGGUAAGGAGGAAGGUGGUUUUUCUCCACUGGUCUCAUUCUGUUGGUUUCCCAACUCAUCUGAGGGUUUUUUCAUCUUGUUUUGGGGGAGACAUUUGGGAACAAGGGUCCAGAGGAGGGGAGAUGUAUUUCUGCACAAAGAAACAUAUGAAAUGGGCACAAACCUCCAAAUGCACUCAGCGGGUGAGGCCCAUCUGUAGUUAGAGAUGCCCUGUUUCACCUCUGAGAGAAGCAGGCACUCUGUUUACGUCCUGUUUACGUUUUUUCUCUUGCAGGUGGCAGAAGGAUGCCGGCAAGACCUCCUGAUCCGCCUUUUCAUGGGGGCAGAAGGGAAGCAGCGGCUGUGGAACCAGAUCAGGUCAGGGGAAGCUGCCUUGUGGCGACUAGAGACCGAGGGAUGGAGCAAUGUAAUGGACUGGUUGGGCACAGAGGAGUGGUGGGAAGAUGCAGCUGGGGAACCAGGAAGGGAAGAUGGCUCAGAGCCCAAGGAUUGGAGGUGGAGGAAGGAUGAGCGGUCAGAGGAAGAAGAGGGAAAAGACUGGGAAGAGGAGAUGUCAGAAGCUGAAGAAGUAACAGGGUUUAGUGAGCUGGGAGAUUCUGUGGCAGAAUGCAGCGCAGAAUCAGAGGCAGAAGAGGAAGGAGGUGAGUGGGAGAGGAAGGUCGAGAGGCUGAGGUGAGUCAGGAGAAGGAGGAGCCACCGGUGGCUCCCUCUCCUUUUGCCAGAAGCCACCCUCCCUGCUUGUCUCUCAGACCCAGGAGACCCCCUGCAGUGCAGGAAUCUCUGCUAGAUCAUCCAAGACAGAUGGCCAUCCAAAAGAGGCUUAUUUUAUUUCUAGACUGAUAACUGAAUGCAAAAAUUGGUUUCUAAGCAGCGGACAAAUGAGAACAAAUAGUGGCCUGGAUUCACCUAACCAGCCCCAUCGGAUGAAAAAUGGGGCCUGCCCCCCAUCCCUCCCCCUCUCCAUGCUCCCCUGAACCCCUUGAAUUUGGCUCUAGGGCAUUGGGAGGGAACUCCCCAGAACAGCUCAUGAGGAGAGGAGAAAGUGGAUCCUUCCAUCAGGCAAACUGGAAAGCUUGGGUAGGCAGAAUGAUUUGAAAACCACAUGUGGAGUACCACCUGUUUGCACAAAGACAAAUACCCAUAAUUAAAACGCAGAAUAAAAUAAGCAUCCAUAAUUAAAAUGUGCAGCAAAGCAAUCCUAUUGAAACAACACCGCAAUGUACAGGAAGGAAACCACAGAGCAUUGUGGAGCAGAUCAUAUUUCUGCUGUCUCAGAGGAGGACAUUUCCCUUUUUCUUUCAGGGUCCAGUGUGCUUUGAAGAUGUCGCUGUUCGUUUCACGGACAAGGAGUGGGAGUUGCUGGAUCCUGACCAGAGAGCUCUGCAUAAGGACGUCAUGGAGGAGAAUCGUGGGAUCGUGGCCUCUCUUGGUAAGGCUCCCUGUGGGAUUGUCAUAUCAGCCUGGAAAUACAAAAAAUACCUCUAUGUGACCAACCUCAUAUAUUUUCACAGAGCCCCCUAUGACACCUGGGAACCUAACACCCCCACAAUAAACAGUAAAUUACAGUUUUUUCUUUGAACAAUCUUCUUCAAAUUUUUCCUUUUUCUACCACGAUUGGACUGGUCUGAACUGCCCAGGCCAUAUUCAAUGUCAGCUUCAGAAAGAUAAGUAGCUUCAGGUUUUCUGUUUUUGCUCCUGUCAGUCUUGGAUUGACCAAAGAGACGACUGACAUUGGAGGUGGAGGGGAUGCCAUGACUGGGCCAAACAAAAUUCAUCCCAGAGAAGAGCAAGGCUUAUCGAAUUUCAGGUAGAAGUAGCAGUGGUGGUGGUGGUGGUGAUGAUACAGUGGUACCUCGGUUUACAAACAUAAUAAUAAUAAUAACAACAACAACAACAAUAAGAAACUUAAAAUUUCCUGGAAGAGGACUGUUCUUAAAUCGAGG